AUCCGCAGAGGGUCGCAACCGCCAAGUCACCUACCUCAAACGAAAGGCAGGCCUCUUCAAAAAGGCAUACGAGCUGGCCACUCUGACAGAUUCGCAAGUCGCCGUCAUCGUCUUUGGUCAUAAUGGGAGGCUGUCUCAAUUCUGCUCUGCAGACAUGGACGCAGUCUUGCUCAAGUACACAGAGCACGAAGGUCCUGUCGAGCACAAGGGCCCAGAAGACUUUGCCAACUCCACUGGAGACGAUGAAGAUGACGAAGGAGACGAUGCUGGUCCCGACUCGUACGAUCCUAGAGGACCGCCUGGUGGUCCUGGGGGCCCAGGGGGCCCUGGUGGCUCCUCGGGAGGUGGAGGAAUGGGCGGAGGGGGCCGUCGCGAUGAGGGAAGCAGGUUCUUCUCCGAUCAGACUGGCCCAUCUGGCGAUUUCAGCAAUCAUGGGGCGGGUACAGGUAGCGGCUCUGCGGGUGGGCAGUCUUCGGGCAAUGGCAAGGGAGGCGCUAAGAGAAACAGGGGUCGAUCCCCUAAACAGACCGUCGAAAGCAUGAAGAUGGUGUCUCCGACCUCAUCCAGCGGCUCUGUCUCCGUUGCAACAACACCAGCAGACCAAGAAUCCUUCACAGAGGCCAUCCGGAGAAAGUCGAGCAGCCAAGCCUCUGCGGGAGCACCUCCUUCUGCGAAGAGGGAAGGUGCUGCGACUGUACAAAGAUCACCUAUGGAGGCCGAGCAUGCGAGUCAACUCUCUGCUGGUCUGCGACAUUACGUAGCGCCUGCUCAUUUCGAACACCAAGGGGGCAGUAUCGACGCGUAUGGCGUCUCACACGGAGGGUUCUCCCAGCGAACCUUCGAUGACGCCAGCUUCGCUUCCUCCUCUUCGAUGGAGGAAGGAAAUGGUCACAGGUCCAUCGCACCCUAUCCCUUGGCAGCGGGAAGGGCUACCAAUUUUCCGCCUUCAAAGCCCCAAUUCCAUGCGAUCCCGGGCCCUCCUGGCUGGCCUGAUCGCGAGGGCAUGAGCUUCGAGGGAGCAGGAAAUCAAGCCCCCAUGCAAUGGGACUAUAUGGGAACCGGGCGGGGAGAUAUGCCACCACAACAGCAAUACCAACAGCAGCAGCGGCCCCACUUGUUGGUAUCUACUCUCACGAAUAGACAACCAUCAUUCGCCUCGCUAGAGGAGCCCAGCUCAUCCUCGCUCUCACGUGGUCCUUCUCAGGGGAUCACGCCUUUCCUACCUGGAAUGCAGAUGACGAAUGGUAUUCAGAAUGCAAGGAACGCGAUGACUACGGCCCUGCCCUCGUCUCCUCCCAUGAAUCCAUAUGCCUCGAUUGGCAACCCUGGCAGGCCUCUGCCGUCUCGGGAGAGCUCAACGCCUGGGCUAUCGGCCUCGUCGUACUCCCACCAUCGACGUGGGACAGAUGACCACGGCACUCUUGCAUCGGCUAGUAGCACGGAUGGUACGCCUCUGCUCGCCUCCUCAAGUCUAGCCACACCAAGCGAGUCUCCGAUGGGCUUCGUUGCGCCCGGAGGAACAUUACCGCAAGGCUCCACAUUGCCGUUCGCUGCAGGUACAGGUUACUUUGUGACCGGUGCUAUGGGUGAACCCACGAAGAAUCCCACGCUUCAAGGUAAUCCCGUACCCCGACCUAUGGGAGCCAUUGAAGCAGAUGCUCAAUUCCCGCUAUUCGAAGGCACUGCCUACUUUGGGGUCUGAGGUGGAACACAUGCCAAGAUCAGGUUCAGCGCCUGGUGCGUUUGUAACACAAGCUUUGCAUCUCACUCUCAGUGCCCCCUCAAAAUCUCCUUCCUGUGAGGACCGCCUUCUUGCUUGCAUUCUCCAAGUCUUCGGCGCUUCU